AGAAGGUUCCUGACCAUUGUCAAGCAGGUGUUAUAACUGAUAUCUGAAAAGCACGAUUUCUGUCUUAUCUCCCCAAAAUAUUUCACUUUUGGCACACGAAUUGGAUCUACAAAGGGAAUCCAGUACUCUUUUCUUCGAGUAGUAAGGAUAAACAAGAAAAUAAGUAGAGAGAGAGAUAAUGCUUGAAUGUUUUAUCAAGUUGUCAGUUUUCAUACUCGUGUCACACACACUAGUAUCUGCAGACUAUGACUGCGUGUGUAACUAUGCUGUCGAGACGGCCGUUUUGCCUACUUCUGAUGCCAGCAGUCAACCAAUAGGGUAUCUGUACGAGUUCGACUGCAAACCUGCCUCUACCAGCCACCAAAGUACAAGCAAUUUUUACGCAAUACAAUUUGAACAACAGCUUGGGUAUGUUCCAGUAAGUCAAGAGUUACAGGUUCAAACAUGCCCAGGAGCUCCCCCAGACAGUGACUUAGUUCCGGCAGCCGUGACAACACCAGGUAAUACUGACGUAACAACGAGAGGCCAAACAACAGUACCUACAAAUACAUUUGUUACAACAACACCCAAACCAUCACAGACUUCUGUGAUCACAACGGUACCGACAUCUAUUCCCACGAAGCAGACGGUAACCUCAUCUACGCAUACAGUUGUUACGGUGACGACAAAUUUACAAUCAACCACACCGUAUAGUUACUGGUUGAUGGCUGCAAAUGUGACAGGAACGCCCUUACAGUAUAUUGGCAUCGGAUACAACUUGCUGACAGGAAAUCCUGAGUCAAGUACAGAUCCUGGUUUCAAAACAGCACAAAGGAUAUUCCAGCUAACGGGUAAUUCUAGCUCUGUAAGAGAAGUGUCACAACAGGAGGUGACAGCUUGUACUCCAGUAAGAUGACAACAUUAAUUCAUGGUCCAAAAUCAUACCAAGACGAGCUACUGCAGUUUGUCCAACCAAGUUCAACUCACGAUCGGAGCCUCCAAACUGCAGCUUUAACUUACAGCACAGGUUUCACGUCAUUCAAACAAUCUCUUGAUGAUGUUAGCAACUUUUACGUCGAUUAUAUUAGUAGCUGCAAGCUCGGAAGCGCAAGGUACCUGACUGAACUGGCCGACAAAAACAAUUUUACCGUGACUAAGGAGUUUGCCAAGGACGUCUGUUCACUGCCAACGGAUGGUAAUUCUACGGUAGAAUACAUGAACUUUCUAGACAAAUGGGGAACGAGCAUUGUUACCUAUGUCGAUACGGGAGUUAGAACUAUAGAGCGUUACCAAACAACGUCUGGUCAGAUUCUGCAACACUCUCAACAGACGGCACCGGAGCUUGUAGAGCACACAGGCUCCUACCAAGGGUACCAAUCGUCUGUGAGCAUAAAUCCAACAGACUUUGUAAACAGCCCUGCAGUUAACAAACCUUUCGGAAUACGUCACACAAUAUCGAUGGGAACAAAACAGCAGUCAGUUCCGAUUGCAGUAAAGGUGGUUCCGAUAUCGGAUGCAUUGAACUGGAUUUACUGGGAACCGAUUGUAGAUGAGCUGAUGGCGGAGGGAAUAUGUUCCGACAGCAUAUAUGGAACGGGUAUGAAACAUUAUGCCACGUAUAUUAAGACGGCGCUUAGCCAGUAUACGAGGCACACAGAUUCUGGAACAGGCACGACUCAUACCAUGCUGAUAGACCACGGAAUAAAAGUUCCCAUAUCGUGGCCUGUUGGUACCUAUGGGUUUAUGCAAGGUACACAUGGAUGUCCGGGUGGGAAGACUACAUGGUUGUCCGGAUGGAGAAAAUACGAUACUGAAGAUUUACGCUCCAAAAAUUCCUUCUCAGCUAACAUCGGUUCUUAUCUUAAAGGGGAGUUUCACAGCAGCGACAUAAAGACUUACUUCUGUAUGAAGAGCAGCGAAAGAACAAGCCAGUACGAUAUGACUUGGCAAAGUGGCGCAUACUGUAUACUGAAACAUGGUUCAUGUCCACAAGGAUUUUCUACCGGGUACGUAUUCUGGGACGAUGAAGACCUUAACAAUGGUAACGCUAAAGGUGGAACACUUCCAGAUGGUACCUACAACAAAGACACAAGGAUCUAUUACUGCUGCAGAAAUGACGGAUCACCUCAAACACCCCUGUUACUACCAACCGAACAACCGUUCGUACUCGUGCGAUACGGUAGAAUAUGUCAGUCUGUGUACAGGAUGCACGUGCAUGACGUGUUCAUACACUGGGAUGACGAGGACUUUGGUAACAAAGACAGAGCAGGUGGCAUGCAUCCACUGGACGAAGGGGGGUCACGGAAUCAUCAGCUUCAUUUCUGUUAUUACUCUUCUUCCAGUAGUCCAUCUUACGUAGGCUAACAUGUAAAGAUGUAUCCCAAGUAAACAAUAAAAGUUUGAAACACUA